UACUUUCCUUGUCUACAUAUUUAUUCAAACAACAUGGAUCGAUAUUCUAGAGGAUACGAUGAACGAUAUCGAGGAUAUUAUGAUCGUCCACGAUCAGAUACUUACAGACCAAGUGAAAACUACCGAUCAGAUAGAGAUUACAAUAGAGAUGAACGAUCCAGUCGAAUGUAUUCAAGUAGUCGUUAUUCAUCAAAGUCUCCUUCAAGAACACCUAUAAGUGAAAGUAGUGGUAUUGCCAGUGGGAACAACAGCAACAACAACAACAAUAAUAAUAAUAAUACAAGCAAUAGUAGCAAUGUGAUGAAUAGAAGUAGUCCAACUAAUGAUAGUCGAUAUGGUUAUUCCGAUUCAAGAGAUUCAAGAGGUUAUUAUCCACCUUCUCGCAAUGGCUCUCCUCCUCCUCCAUUGUCAAGAUCUCGUUCUCCUCCAAGACGUUCGUCUUACAACAAUUAUUAUGCUUCUUCUCGAUCAUAUUCUUAUUCAUCAAGACGAUCUCCUUCACCGCGUGAUUAUCGACGUGAUUCCUAUGAUCAACGUUCUCCUUACUCUUCUGCUGGAGGUCCUUAUCCACCUUAUUCAUCUUCAAGCUAUUAUCAUCAUCAUCAUCGUGGAAGUUCUUCAUCAUCGCCUUAUCGUCGAUCUUAUGGUGGAUCAUCCUAUGUACCUUACUCUCAUCAACCACCUCCACCACAUUCAGCUGGAGUAACAACGUCAUCAUCAUCAUCUGGAUCAAACUUACCUUCUUCUACUGACCCUACUGGUAGAUCAUCGAUUAAAAGAGAUUCACCUAAUUUAUAUAACAAACCUCCUGUCACACCAACAUCAGCACCAUCGUCUUCAUCAGUAUCACCAACUACUACAUCACCUUCUAUUCCACCUCGAAUCCCUCCUUCCUCGUCUCAACAACAGCAACAGCAAACCAGUUCAGUAACAAUGAAAACGGAGACUUCAACAACAAUCUCAAACACUCCACCCAGUGUUCCUCCUCCUGCUUUCCGUCCUCCAACACCAUCAAGUCGCCUUCCUCCUUCUGCUAGCACACCAACACCAAUCAAUGCAAGAUCAUCUUCACCUGUACCUCCAGUGGCACCAGCCUAUGGACCAUCUUCAUCAUCAUCAUCACCAUCGUCAUCCCCAUCGACAGCAGCAGGAACAACUUCAUUUCAAUCACUUCCAACAGGACCAAUGGCAUCAUCCUCUCCAGCAGUAGUUAUACCUUCUCCUUCUUCAUCCUCACAAGGUGGUGGUUAUUUUUCGUAUCAUCCGUCAUCCUCAUCUUCAUCAAGCUAUAUUCCACAGGGUCCUUCAAGGCACAAUUCUCGACCAAGUACACCAUCGUCACAUCAUCAUUACAGCUCGCAUCAACCACAGCCUCAUCACUCAUACAUCCAGCACCAUAGCAGUAGUAGUAUCAGUGGAAGUAGUGGCGGUUAUCACUAUCAACAUCCUUCAUCCAUUAUACCACCUCCUAGACAACGACCAGCAUGGGCGGCAGAACAAGAGAAAGAGAUGGAACGAUAUCAAAGUGAAGAAAAAAAGUUGAUGGAAGAAGAAAUCAAAUGUUUAGCGGGUGUUAGAAAAGGACGAUUUGAACUAGAAUUGGCUAAUUGGGAAACUAGCAAAUUGGAACAUCAAUUGGAAUUAGUACAAAAGCAAUGGAAAGAUACUGGUAUGGAAGAAAUUGUACAAUCUGAACUGGCAACUCGAUUACCUGGUGGAACAACUUUAGGUUUAGGUCAUCAAAAAGUAGUCCAUAUAUGAAAUAUUAGUUUAGAAUCAAUAAAACAUUUUUUUAUUUUAUAAA